AUGAUGAUGAUGAUGGAGAGCAGCAUGAUGGGCGCGCAUCAGGUUCAUAUCGAUUCAGAAUUCGAUCCCCACGGAUGCACCUGGCCGCGUCCGGUGGGUUUCCCCGUGGCAGAAGAAGAGGAAGAGGAGGGGGCGGCGGGCCACGCCGGAGGGCCGGCUCUGAUCAAAGUGGAGCUGUAUGAGGUCCCCGCGUGCCGCGCGGGGAGGAAAGGCGCGCCGGCUCCAUCCUGCGUGUCCGGCGCGUCGCUGGACGUGGCCGGACAGCUGCGCAAAUCCAAGUCCUCGCGGCGGAACGCGUGGGGGAACCUGUCUUACGCGGACCUCAUCACGCGCGCCAUUGAGAGCGCCCCAGAGAAGAGGCUGACUUUGUCCCAGAUUUAUGACUGGAUGGUUCGCUUUGUUCCUUAUUUCAAGGAUAAAGGAGACAGCAACAGUUCCGCCGGAUGGAAGAAUUCAAUCAGACACAACUUGUCUCUGCACAGUCGCUUCAUCCGGAUGCAAAAUGAAGGAUCAGGGAAGAGUUCCUGGUGGGUGCUUAACCCAGAAGGAGGAAAGAUGGGUAAGGGACCCAGACGACGGGUAGCCUCUAUAGAAAACGGGACACGCUAUUUGAAGUCAAAGGGCCGCAUAAGCCGAAAAAGAGCAAGGCCCAUAGGUCUUGAACAAGGACAAGUUCAGGGAGCUGGUUCAGCAAUGCAGGGUUCCCCAGAGCAAGGCAGUCCAGCAAGGAAAGGUAGUGUCGGCAUUAAUGGAGAGGAGUACGAUACCUGGACAGACAUUCAUUCCCGUACCUCAUCCUCUGCCUCUACGCUGAGUGGUUGCCUUUCUCCAAUCCUAGCAGAGGGAGACACUGAUGAACCUGAAGAGGGUGGACUAUCUUGUUCAACAUCUCCACGCCUAUACCCUAGUCCCACCAGUGCACACUCCCCAGCCUUGGGCACUGGAGGCUACUGUCCCAAUGUGGAGUUGCCUCAGCUCACCAACCUGACAGGCACAAUUAGUCUUGAUAAGAGUGGCUACUCCCAGCCACAGCAAAUUAAAUGUAAUGGAUAUUAUGUGUCUGGGACAAAAACAGAGAGACCUUAUUGUGGACCUUUGUAUGGACAGUCUUCCAUGGGCAUUUUACAGCAUCACAGUCCUAUGGAGACCAUUCAGGAGAACAAUUCAGUUAGUUUUCCGCGGCCAAUGAGAGCCUACUCAGAGUGCAAUGCCCUGCAGAGUCUGCUUAUAGGAGGUCCUGCAUACAGCAACAAAGACACUAUGCUAAGCCAGGGAUGCAAAACAAAUGUGUUAUUAACACAAGAAAAUUGUGUUCACAGCCAACACAACCACAAUCAAAAUCACAGCCACAAUCAAAAUCACAGCCACAAUCACAGCCAAGAGCUUACACCCAAUCCUAGUCUACACAGUGGUCAUGGCUCAGUCCAACAGCAAAACACAGCCCAUCAUCAGAACCAUAAUCCUGGUCAUAAACACCAAGCUAGCCUUGACUACAGUCACAAGCCCCAUACUCCCCACGAUUAUGGUCAGAGUCAUGAACAUAGUCACAGAAAUAAAGUAAAUCCUUGUCAUGAUAACAGCCCUCGCUCAAGUCAGAGUCACUUGCACAGUCAUCCCCCCCACAACCCUCAUAACCCUAUGCACAAUGGGCCUCACCAACAGGCUCUGUCUCCACGGGUGAGCCCUGACAUCUUGCAGCCUUAUAGUCUCAAGACCUCUAACCACUUUGGGCCUCGCCCCCACUUCCCCACAUCCCCUUCCCUUCCACUAAACCCUGCAGGAAUUAUGGAUGUUCCCCAGGACCCCUGCCGCCUGGCAACUGCACCUCACCCAUGCCAUCGGUCUUACCCUGGAGCUCACCAACAUGGUAUGACUGACUCUUGGCAAGACUACUAUCAUCACAACAACCAGACAGGAAAUUCUGAAUACCAGGGACAACAGCACAACUCUCAUAACAGAAUGGCUGGCCAAUUGGAGAUGGAAAAUGUCACUAAUGGUCUUGACUGCAAUGUGGACUCCAUUCUGCUCAAUGACUUUAUAAACAAAGACCAUGUGGAUUUCAACUUUGAUGGUUCUCUGUCACAGGGGGUGGGCAUGGGAAUGGGCAUGAGCUUAGGGGCUUUUGCUUGCCGUCUGCCAGCACAUAACAACCAGAGCUGGGUGCCAGGGUGA